AUGCAACUCUUUGCGCUGAUAAUCGUUUUGUUAUGUGGGUUGGCCACAUUACACGCCCACUUUAUUACCAACGAAGUAUUUCUGGAUGACUAUUUCGGCGGUUUUGACAACUACAACUAUAACUGGCAGGAACAAAGUGAUGAAACUAGAAAUAGCAGAGAACUAAAUGCUGAUAUAAGUUCAAAAAGUUUUGAGAAUAAGGAUCAUCAAGAUGGUGACGAUGAUGAUAAGAGAGAAAAAAGUUCUGAGGAGUCAACAAGCGUCGUUGCUAGUUUUGUACAACCUAAUGAUGAAAAAAAUUAUCAAAAUCACAAUUACUUCUCCUUGUAUGCCCCUGCCUAUAGUUACGGCAACUUAGAGGACAUUCACAAGGGCCAUAGCAAUGAACACCUUAUUAUGGGCCACGAUGAUAGUGAGGAAAAUGAAAACCACAACUCCAAUAGUAAUGAAAGUACCGAAACAAACUUAAAAGAUCAUCAAGAUGGUGACGAUGAUGAUAAGAGGGAAAAAAGUUCUGAGGAGCCAACAAGCGUCGUUGCUGGUUUAAUACAACCUAAUGAUGAAAAAAAUUAUCAAAAUCACGAUUACUUCUCCUUGUAUGCCCCUGCCUAUAGUUAUGGCAACUUAGAGGACAAUCACGAUGAUGGUGAGGAAAAUGAAAACCACAACUCCAAUAGUAAUGAAAGUACCGAAACAGACUUGAAGGAUCACCAAUAUGGUGACGAUGAUGAUCAGAGGGAAAAAAGUUCGGAGGAGUCAACAACCAUCGUUGCUAGUUUAAUACAACGUUCUGUUGGAAAUAACGAUCAAAAUUUCAAUUAUUACUCUUUCUAUGCCCCUUCCUAUAGUUAUGGCAACUUAGAGGACACUCAGAUGGAUCAUAGUAAUGAACACAGUGUAAGGAAUAUUCUUAAUUUCGGCAACAAUGUUGGUGAACAAGACGAAAACCACAACUCCAAUAGUAAUGAAAGUACCGAAACAAACCUAGAGGACAAGACUCAUUUAGAAGAAGAUGGCAACAGUAAUAAAAACGAGGACGAACAACAUCACAAUGUGAGGCCUCUACUGCUUGUAUUCCCUACCUUAUUUAAGGCUAUAGUUAGUGACGCUCACAGUGAUGAGAGUACCGAGACUCCCACAGCAGAUGGGUAUGAAGCCAGUCUAGAGUAUACCACUGACCCGAGUCCCCAUCCAGAACGAACGCAUCUCUUGAUGCAGCUGUCAAAAUCUUCCUCAAAUGUGGAUUUGUUGGCUAACGAAUUUGCCGAGAAUAUUGCGGAAUUCAAGCUGGUCUAUGGAGAUACAAACCUAUUGCUAUCGAAGAUGCAGGAAGGAAUGGCAAGAAUCCAAGGUAAUUUCGAAAAUGCUGCCAACUCCAACACCGAUUAUAAUGGCGAUGAACAUAAAACGCUUAUGAACAAUAUUGCCAAUAUGCUGACGAAGAUUGAUGAAACUCGAUCGCGAGUAAUGGAUAUGCAAAGUGCAGCGCAACGCCUUAACUACCAUCGAUUACUAGAAGCCCUGCUGCAAGAAAUUUAUGUUAAGGAUAAAUCUACAGACUAUUACAGCUACAAUACUCAAUAUAGUAGAUAUAGUUCGUCUUAUAUCUCAUGA